AUGAAACCACAUCCGACAUUCCAUCAUGGCUGGUGGACCGCCUGAAGAGACGUUGCCUCAUGUAUACUUGGCAAGACAGCGUGAGAGAGAAGCGGCUGAGCACCAACGACAAAAGGAUGCCAUAUUAAAAGAAUCCCAGAAAGAUCAUACAGCGGAUCGAUUUAUUGGAAUCACGGAGAACAUUGAUGAGAAGCUCAAGAAAUCCACCAUUGGGCUGGUGACACUUGAUGACUUCAAGAAGACGCGGGAGGAUCUAGAGGAGGAGCAAAGGCAGAGGGCUGCUCAGUCUGCCGCGGAGAAGAGCGGUGGUCCCAGCAAAUCCAAACGAUCUAAAAAGAAGGAAAAGGUCAAACUGUCCUUCGCGGAGGAUGAGGACGAGGUCUCGAGCGACUUAGACAGCAAGAAACGGUCGCGGCCGGGUUCAGAGGGCCAGGAGGACGUGCCGAGCACCAAGCGGAUAGCCAAGAAUCCUAGUGUUGAUACCUCCUUCUUACCGGAUCGCGACCGGGAGGAGGAAGAGCGAUUACAACGAGAAGAUCUGAGAAAGGAAUGGCUGGCGAAACAAGAGCUGACCAAGAGCGAAGCGAUCGAGGUAACAUACUCUUACUGGGAUGGUAGUGGACAUCGUAAAACGGUAGAGUGCAAGAAAGGCGAUGAUAUAGCGACUUUUCUGGGCAAAUGUCGCUCCCAAGUUUCUGAGCUCCGUGGCACCAGCGUUGAUAAUUUGAUGUACAUUAAGGAGGAUCUCAUUAUACCCCACCAUUACACCUUUUAUGACUUCAUCAUCAACAAGGCUCGUGGAAAGUCUGGUCCGCUUUUCAAUUUCGACGUGCAUGACGAUAUCCGCAUGGUGGCAGAUGCGACUGUCGAGAAAGAUGAGUCUCAUGCUGGAAAAGUCGUUCAGCGGUCGUGGUAUAAUCGCUUCAAACAUAUCUUUCCGGCAUCUCGCUGGGAAGUGUAUGAUCCGGAUAAGAACUACGGCCAUUAUCGUAUCGCUUGACAUAAAUACCGGCCGGCGAAGAAGAUCACGUGCUUCAAUAGGAAGUUUCAGAUAUUUUGAACCUGAAGUUGUAUUCACUUCGUA